CGAGUCUUCGAGAUCAGACGAGAAAAUAACGUGAUCAAGGCUGACCAAGGCUGAUCGAGGAUGCCAGUGAGUGUGUCGAUCGCCUCAUCGUUAUUACUGUUAGUGUUGGUUUCGAUCCUGUCACCGACUCAUGGAAUGUACAUCGGACAAUCAUGUACGAUCGACAAUUCACCAGGUGAUUGCAAGUCUUUACAAGACUGUCCAAAAGUAUAUGAGGAAUUGUUAGCAGGCAAAAUGCCUAGUCAAACCUGCGGAUUUGUAGGUUUCAACCCAAUAGUAUGUUGCCCAAAAAUAAACCAUGUAACUCAACCAACGCCAACGCCGGCACCGCAAAAGGAGACUACUGUACGAACAAAUACAAUGCGACCUUUGAAAUUAGAUGAAUCAAGAUCUGUAGCACGAGCAAAAUGCGCAGAAAACGCGGAAGCUGUUUACGGUUUUAUAGUGCCACCCACACCUACAUUGAACCGGAAACCUCUCAACACAUCAUUAUGCGCUCUGAAAACACGCAAACUGAUCGUCGGUGGCAAGAAAGCCGAAGCAAAAGAAUUUCCGCACAUGGCGGCCGUUGGUUUCGACGGUUCUGAUAAAAUCUUAUGGCUUUGCGGUGGUACCUUAAUUUCCAAGAAAAUUGUUUUGACAGCAGCGCACUGUCUUUGGACAGCAGACUGGGGAAACGCAAAAUGGGUGCGGCUCGGUGAUCUGAAUCUCGUGCAAUCUUAUGACGAUGCGAAGCCGCAAACCAUCGAAGUAAAGGAAAGAAUAAGACAUCCCGACUAUAAACGUCCGUCGGAAUAUCAUGACAUAGCUAUACUGCGUCUGGCGAGAGAUGCUGUCUACGAUGCAUAUGUCAGACCGGCAUGUCUUCCAGUUGAUUGGCCUGACGUGGGUGAAAAUGAUAAGGCAGUUGCCACAGGAUGGGGUCUAGUCGAUUGGGCUGAUGACCAAGGUUCGGAUAAUCUACUGAAGGUAACACUUCGUUUGGUUCCUCAUGAAAAUUGCAACGCGAGUUUCUUUGAUAGCGGCAGUUCCGUGGAGCUCGCAUUAGGGAUCGUCAAUGAAUGGCAAAUGUGUGCGGGAGAAGUCGGGAAAGAUACUUGCCAGGGUGACAGCGGAGGACCACUUGCCGUUUUUAACACGAACCAUCAAUGCAUGUACACCAUAAUUGGGAUUACCAGUCUCGGACGACUUUGCGGCAGCAUCAUACCUGGCGUGUAUACCCGAGUCUAUCAUUACGUUCCUUGGAUAGAGAGAACCGCGUGGCCGGAAUAUUUUUAACAUAUCUCAUAUUUUUAU